GGCCCUCGGCGCUGCCCGUAGCCUGCGACAACGGAUGACGUUGUGACUAAGGAGGAGUUCCUGUUAAUCCAAACAUCGCCCGAGCGGAUAUCUGUAAAAAUAUAACGAAUUCGUAAAAUCCGUGGGAUUUAAUCUACAGCAUGGCUGCUCAGAAGAUAAACGAAGCUCAUGAGCACAUAGCCAAAGCAGAAAAAUGCUUAAAGACAAGUCUGACAAAGUGGAAGCCUGAUUUUGACAGUGCUGCAUCAGAAUACGCUAAAGCAGCUGUGUGCUUCAAAAAUGCCAAGCAGUACGAGCAGGCAAAGGACGCUUACCUGAAGGAAGCUGAAUAUCACACAGAAAACAAGGCGCUUUUCCAUGCAGCAAAGGCUAUCGAACAAGCCGGUAUGAUGAUGAAGGAGCAAAAGAAGAUGCCAGAGGCCAUCCAGUACAUAGAGAAAGCCUGCAUGAUGUACAUGGAGAACGGGACUCCGGACACCGCUGCUAUGGCCCUGGACAGAGCUGGAAAACUUAUCGAGCCCAUAAACCUGGAGAAAGCUGUGGACUUGUAUCAGAAGGCAGCUGGUGUGUUUGAGAAUGAGGAUCGUCUGCGCCAGGCAGUGGAACUGCUGGGUAAAGCAUCCAGACUUCUUGUCAGGUUAAAAAGGUUGGACGAAGCAGCCGUUGCUGUGCAAAAAGAGAAGAACAUGUACAAAGAGAUUGAGAACUUCCCCAUGUGCUUCAAGAAAACAACAGCCCAAGUGCUGAUUCAUCUUCACAGAGGCGACUACGUAGCAGCUGAUAAAUGCGUUAGAGAAAGUUACAGUCUGCCCGGCUACAGUGGAAGUGAAGAUUGUGUUGCAAUGGAGACCCUCCUACAGGGCUACGAUGAGCAGGAUGAGGACCAGGUCUACCGCGUGUGCAACUCACCUUUACUCAAGUACAUGGACAAUGAUUACGCCAAGCUGGCCAUCUCCCUCAGAGUGCCCGGAGGAGGCGGAAAGAAGAAAAAGGCUGCCGCUGCUCCAGAAGGUGGAGCUAGUGGGGCGCCGGCGGCUGCCGAUGAGGAGGAGGAUUACGAGGGUGGCCUGUGUUAGCUCUCAGCUUCCCGAGAGUCGACUCUACCCGUGUGCUGCUCCACCACAACACCCCCUGUGUAUGACUUAAAACCCUUGAAACCCCCUAUUUGCUCUGUUUGGUCUUCUUCGUGCAAAUGUUAAUAAGAACAGAGCAAGUCAUGUUAACCCAACAGCUACAGUAGGUGUCACACAAGAGUCGAGAUGAAACAUUUUUUAAACAAAUAGUUUUUUUUUGAGGUGGAUCCUCAGUUUAAUGAAAAGUUAUUAUUUAAUGUUGGAUAAUUGAUGAACGCCUCCUGUAUGUAAAUGUUCUCUUAUUUCUUGUCUCUGUGAAGCUGUAAAUUUUGCUGUUUGUGGGUAGAGUCUAAGAAUAUUAUAGGUCUAUUAAAAUCAGAAAUACUCUAUAUGAUGGAUGUACUAGGGUCCAUGUAGAGAUUAUUUGUACAGAGUUAAUUUAUUCAGUAUCCAUGGCUGUGGCCGAAUGUCACUAUAUGCAAUCGGUCUGUUAAUGCAUGUUUGGAAUAAAGAAAUGAAAAUGAAAGCUGUCAAUUUGUUAAAACCAGUGCUUAGAAAUGAUUCACUCAGUUUUCUGGAACUUUAGCGCUUAUUUAAUUUACUCAAAACAAUUAAAUCAUAAUUGCAGCUCGUAGCCAUUUUUAAUACCCCCAGGUGUGGUCUUCAUUUCUUAUUCCAUACUGUCAAAGUGUCUAUGACAUGUACACUGUACUAGGGAGCAUAUGGUAAAAUUUGUUUUCCUCUAAUGCAGAAUUUGUGUUUGGUUAUUGUUAAUCCUGCAAAUGUGUGAAGUCCAGCAUGAAGACAGUAUUUUCAUGUCAGUAAAAUGAAAUCAGGGGCUUGUUUACAUUUUCCACGUGUUUUGCUGCUCGUGUCUUUGAAUGGCCCUCAAAGCAUAUCUCCAAACUGCACAUCCAUCAAUAAAUACUUUCUUUGUGUGGCGA